GUUGGAUCGUCUGUGGAGGAGGAGGAAGAGCGUGGUCAUGUUGACGUCGUCAAGAUUAUGGGGAAGUUGCCAGCUCAUCUUCCACAGGAAAAGAUCAUCAACAAACGCGGAACCAUCAACACCUUCAACGAAGCAGAGAAAGAGAUAAACCACGCGAGGAUGCGUUCUGUUUCUCCGAACUACAACGGGCUGAACGAGGAGACGAUGGGAAGUAUGGCUCAUGCAUCGUGGCCCGUUUUCCCGCCACCGCGAGACAUCGACAACAACCAAGGAGAACAUAAUCUGGAAGGCGCACUCAAAAAAGUUGGAGAGGAGCUCGGGUAUUGGAACAUCAAUGAGGAUGAUGCUCCUGUAAUUUCCAGCGUGGAGGACAGUACUAGUCCAGCAGGAGCAAGUAGAACAUCAGUAGAAGAUGCGAAUGUUGGACAGCUCUUAGAAGAUCAUGGCAGCACUAGACCGAAAAACAGGGGACAGAAGUUGUCAGAUGAUGACGCAGACCCUGCCCAGCUAUAGAUGUAGGUGUAAGCCGCAGGGUGGAUCAUCUAGUAAUACUACCUCCGCAGCAAAGUUCAUGUUUUUACUGGUCUAACAAAACACAUAUACCUUAAGAAUUAGAAUACCGAUCGCAGUCGCAAACGAUUGUAGCUAUUUUGGAGGAAGGAGCUGUAGCUCCCUCUGGGUGUCUUUUUGAGAACGUUGAAGCUCGUUUCUCUCUGCUCUGGAUUCAUUUUCUGAAGGGAUCUGAUAUUAGAGGACUCUGCGCCUGCGUACUACGAUAUGCGACAGGUCGUGAAAAUACUUAGAUCUAAAAAGCAACUUACAUAUUUAAGCUUUUCCUUCGUCUUUGACAUAAUUCAUGGACUUUUUUUCAAAUUCAAUUCUUCCUCUUCUUGUCUCGCUCAUGAUGUUGACACAACAAGUUGUAACUGCCCUUUCAUCUAUCUUUGAUUUUGCCUUGAGUCAAUUUACCAUCUUCUUCACACGCAUGAAAAUGUCGUAUUGUUUAUGGCGUCUGGUCUUAGUCUUUCCAAUUCCAUUAUGAAAAUAUCAGGCUUUCGGAGCCAGCCCAUUAGCCUAAUUACCAUAAGAGAGAAUCAGAAAACAAGAACGAAAGUACUGCAAAAUCAUGGAAUUUUUUUUCUGCUAAAUAUUUUACUUUUUCCAUAAUUUUGUAAUAGACCAGACUAAGCCAGCCUAAGCCUGAGUCUACCUUAGACCCUCGCAGUAUGUCUCGCGUGAUGCCACCGGAGUAACAUCCGCCAAACCUGCGCGAGGAAUGCAGCUCGUGCCGCGUCUGUCUUGUGUUGUGCUUGUUCUGACUUGGUCGCUCUUCGUUCUUGUGUUUCCAGGUAGUUAAUAGCUAAGUAGGCGCUGGCUGCGCAUAUCAUAGCGACCGCGUAUUUUUCCUCAUAUGCUCGUUGCGCGUUGAUUGAUCGAUCGGCGAAAAAGAAUUGUUCUCCUAAUUAAGCUUAUCUUUUUCAGGCAUGGUGAUGCUCCUGCAGGUGGCAAUUGUUGAUGUCGUCACAACUGCUGUCGAGCAGGAAGUAAGAUUAGUUGAUGUUGGUGUUGGAGGAGAAACAAUGAUGACACGAAUUGCAAUAUCUUCUUGGACGAUGAUUUAGUGUAAAAGACAAGACUAUAUAUAUUGACUAUCAUCCCAUAGUUUUCUCAAUUGCUCACAUACAU